GCGGUGUGUCCCCCGCAGCCCGUUUCACCGGCUGUCCUGUAUUUCAGGAGGCUGGCAUCUUCAGUGUGGGCACCUGGCUGUGACAGCUUGCGGCUUCACAGCCGGGUACCCACUGCGCAUGCGCGAGCAGCGCUCUGCUUCAUAAAUGGUCCUGUAAUCUUCUGGGACCUGUCACGUGUCCCAAAAGACUACAGGGAGGGAGGACACCUUCCGUUACCGAUCGCCUAGGCCAGGGUGGGAGCAGGUACCUGUCAAAUUAGGGUACCCGCUCCCCCCCGCCCCCCAAAGGUGCCAAUCCUUAAUGGGGAGAGGGGGAGCAGUCCUUAAGUGGAACUUCCCCUUUUGGGUGGAGCUCCGCUUUAAAGCAAAA